UGACCGUGGAGCCGAGCAGCCUCAGAUAGCGUUCUGCGGCCGUCGAAGCCAGAGGUGUCUCCUUGAAACGGAACAUAUGGACUUCUGACCCAGCUUUUGAAUCGAACGAAAAAUAAAGCCCGACAACAAUUCUUUCCUCUGAGGCGUAGUAUUAUUUUCAUUUAARGGUUAUCCAUGAGAUUCUUCAGGCUUACCUUCAAGUGCUUCGUCGACUGCUUUUGAAUCUCCUCCGGUCCACGGCUCACCCGACCGCGGCGCUUUGUGACAUUUUUUUCCAUCUCUUCUCGGCAGAGCUAACGGGUUCCAACCUGUGAUAUUCACAAUAAACUGAGAUUUAAAACGCAUUUUUUUUCCAUCCCAAGACGAAGAAAUAACAAACUCAGAGAAUCACAAAACCCAUUGGAUUGAUUGUGACUACAUCCCUCUCUGUCUGCCUCCCUGAGCCUGUCGGGUGUCCUUCAUAUAACCUGCCAUUUUUUAGAACUUAAUUUCUCCCCUUCCUAGAUUAAAAAAAAAAGCCCAGCCAGCUUGCUCAUAAAUAUAAUAACUAUUUUUUUCUGCUCAAGAAAAUGUCACCUGAGGUGGAAGAGAACAGCCAAGGUGAAAUCAGCGUCUCCCAGUUGGAGGCAGGGACCCUGUCCGAAGAGGACAGUGGGGGGUCAGCUCGUCCCCUGGUGCCUGUGCCCGGUGCGGGCCCCGGGUGUGGUGAUGGCGGAGGGGCUGGCCCACCGCAGAGCCAGGAUGGGGCUCCGGUCGCGAACGCAAACGGCGUGGUCGCAGGACCGGAAGUGGAGAGAGAGACCUGGACCAGACAGAUGGACUUCAUCAUGUCCUGCGUAGGAUUUGCCGUCGGCCUGGGAAACGUGUGGCGCUUCCCGUACCUCUGCUACAAGAACGGAGGAGGGGUUUUCCUGAUCCCUUACUUGCUGAUUGUGUUCAUCGGGGGCAUCCCUGUCUUCUUCCUUGAGAUCGCUCUGGGCCAGUUCAUGAAACAAGGAGGAGUCUCAGCCUGGAACAUCGCGCCUCUCUUCAAAGGUCUGGGCCUAGCCUCGAUGGUGAUCGUGUUCUUCUGUAAUACCUACUACAUCAUGAUCCUGGUGUGGGGCCUCUACUUUCUCUUCCACUCUUUCACUAACCCGCUGCCCUGGGCCACCUGUGGACACCCCUGGAACACCCCCAACUGUACGCAGGACUUCCGACGUACGUGCCACAACCGGAGCGCCGCCUCGCCUGCUCUGCCGUCAUCUGCCGCCCUCCCCUCCAGCCCCCUCCCCACCGUGACCCCACUGAACCUGUCGACAUCUCAGCUCCUUCUUAACGGCAGCUGCGUGGAGGCUGAGGGCCUGCGCUCGCCAGUCAUCGAGUUCUGGGAACGCAAAGUGCUUCGUCUGUCCGGAGGCCUACACGAACCUGGUGUCAUAAGUUACGAGAUGGUGCUGUGUCUAAUAGUCACCUGGGUCAUUGUUUACUUCUGCAUGUGGAAAGGCGUUAAAUCUACUGGCAAGGUUGUGUACUUUACAGCUCUGUUUCCCUAUCUGGUUCUGGUGGUCCUUCUGGCUCAUGGAGUCACUCUGCCUGGAGCUUUGGAUGGCAUCGUUUACUACCUGAAACCCGACUGGUCCAAACUUGGAGAAGCACAGGUAUGGAUUGACGCCGGCACUCAGAUUUUCUUCUCCUAUGCCAUUGGACUCGGUGCACUUACUGCACUUGGCAGCUACAACCGCUUUCACAACAACUGCUACCAGGAUGCAUUUGUCCUGGCCCUUAUAAACAGCGGAACCAGUUUUUUUGCUGGUUUCGUGGUGUUUUCUGUACUGGGUUUUAUGGCUGCGGAGCAGGGGGUGGACAUCAGUAAGGUGGCUGAAAGCGGCCCAGGUCUGGCUUUUAUAGCCUACCCCAAGGCUGUGACUCUGAUGCCUCUGGCACCGCUCUGGGCGGCACUGUUCUUCUUCAUGUUGCUCAUUCUGGGCCUGGACAGUCAGUUUGUAGGGGUGGAAGGCUUAAUAACUGGAAUCAUGGACAUGUUGCCCCCAAAAUCUGCCCUGGGCUCUUUGCGACGGGAGGUGGUUGCUGCCAUCUGCUGCAUCAUCUGCUUCUUUAUUGACAUGUCCAUGGUCACUGAGGGAGGGAUGUAUGUGUUCCAGCUGUUUGACUACUACUCUGCCAGUGGCAUCACUCUGUUAUGGCAGGCCUUCUGGGAGUGCGUCGUCGUUGCCUGGGUUUAUGGCGCAGACCGUUUCAUGGACGACGURGCCCGUAUGAUCGGCUACCAGCCCCUCCCCUACAUGAAGUGGUGCUGGUCCUACGUCACGCCUUUUGUCUGCGUGGCAGUGUUUCUGUUCCACGUGGUGAACUACAAGCCCCUGACCUACAACACAGUGUAUACCUACCCUGCGUGGGGCGAAGCACUCGGGUGGGCCCUGGCUCUUUCCUCCAUGCUCUGCAUUCCUGUAACUGUUCUUUACAAACUACUCCGUUGCAAAGGAUCUCUCCGAGAGCGAUGGCAGCAUCUAAACACCCCAGUCUGGGGCAGACAUCACCUGGAGUACCUGGCACCAGAGAGCGAGGCCAAACUGCUGCCCCCUGAAGAAACCAAGAGUACUCUGCUGUUUGAGAGUGUCAUCUGACACCCCAUGCUUUGACAUCAGCGCAUGCAUACUCAGAAUCAUUCACACCACACCGGCCUAAUGAGAACCACACACGGGUUAACAACACAUAACACAAAUUCAAAACAACAGUAAAACAACAACUCUGGACAAAUGGACCAAAGAGUAUUCUGAAAAAGAACUGAAACACGUCCCCUCACUUAAUCACGCAUACCCUCUGCUCUAUUUUCUACCUCUCUCGCUCUCUCACUCUCUUUUCCCCCCCUGGCUUUGUGCAGUCUUGCCCCAUCUUGUUCUCUAAGUGUUAUAUGUCUGCUGUCGCUGCUAAAGCUUCCCUGUUUGCAAACGGUUUAAACAAACUCAUCCGUCUCAAAUCCAUCAGGGUGUUUUUUGUUUUGUUUUGUUUUCUUUUUUUGUGGGUGUGGAGUUUCUGAUUAAGCAGAAACCUAAGAAAUUCUGGUUCAACUUCUCACAUGAAAGACCUCAUGUCCACUGCUGAUACUUAAUUGUCUUAGUGUGUUCGUAGCUGCAUGUAUGCCCAUGCGUCAGUUCGGGUGUGGGCACUUGCAUGUGUGUUGGACCAUCCACAGUGUUAUCUUCAUUUACACAUCACACUGCCUUCGACUAGUAGUUUCUGCCAAAUGUGAUCUCUGGAUUAAGUGUACAAAAAUGACUUCCAUUUGUAAAAAAAGAAAUCAAAACAUAAUCACGAGACAAUGCAUCACCUCCCCACUAUGUAUUAUAAACUAGCCCAAGUAUCUCGUGUGAUGUAGAUUUGUGGUUUAGUGUUAAUUUUUGGAAGAAAUGAUGGAAAUUAUUUCUGCUUUAAAAGACGGAGAGAAGCAUUUGACCGAACUGUAUUAAAUUCAGGAGACUGGAUUGUGGGGAUGAAAAAGACAAUAAACGAUCAGAUGGAGAUGGA